CUGAGCCGUGUAUAAAAAUCCCUGGGGCAGCCUCGGGAGCCACGUCCUCGGCAUUGUUCAGGGAAGCUCGGGCAACCUCCUGCCAACACCAUGGUGAACUGGACAGCUGAGGAGAAGCAGCUCAUCACCAGCCUCUGGGCCAAGGUCAACGUCGCCGACUGCGGCGCUGAGGCCCUGGCCAGGCUGCUGAUUGUCUACCCCUGGACCCAGAGGUUCUUUGCCUCCUUUGGGAACCUGUCCAGCCCCACCGCCGUCCUUGGCAACCCCAUGGUCCGUGCCCAUGGCAAGAAGGUGCUGACCUCCUUCGGGGAUGCUGUCAAGAACCUGGAUGGCAUCAAGAAAUGUUUUGCUCAGCUGAGCAAACUCCACUGUGACAAGCUGCACGUGGACCCCGAAAACUUCAGGCUCCUGGGUGACAUCCUCAUCAUUGUCCUGGCCGCCCACUUCGGCAAGGAGUUCACCCCCGCCUGCCAGGCUGCCUGGCAGAAGAUGGUCCGUGUGGUGGCCCACGCCCUGGCCCACGAGUACCACUGAGCCCCUGGGAGCCUUCCUGCCUGGAGACACUCCUGGGGAAUCUCCUCGGGUUCUGCUGGGCUCUAACCACCCAAUAAACACCAGUUGCUCCAGCCACC